GGCCUUGCCAUACAUACACUUAAGCAACAGAUAUACAGGACAGGAGUAUCAAGGAGGAAGACGAGGAAACGUUGAUGGCCGGCGGUGAAGAGCUGAAGCUGCUGGGGUGGUGGGCGCCCGGGGUGAGCCCCUACGUGCUCCGCGCACAGAUGGCGCUCGCCGUAAAGGGGCUGAGCUACGAAUACCUCCCCGAGGACCGCUGGUGCAAGAGCGACCUCCUCAUCGCGUCCAACCCCGUGUACAAGAAGGUGCCCGUCCUCAUCCACAAUGGCAAGCCCAUCUGCGAGUCGCUGCUCAUCGUGGAGUACCUCGACGACGCCCUCGGCCUUCCCGGCAACGGCAAGCCCAUCCUCCCCGCAGACCCCUACAGCCGCGCCCUCGCUCGCUUCUGGGCCGCCUAUGCAAACGACAAGCUGUUUCCUUCGUGCGCCGGCAUCCUCAAGACAGUGAAGCAGGAGGAGAGAGCUGGUAAGGUGGAGGAGACCCUGUCCGGGCUCCGACACUUGGAAGCUAUCCUGGCGGAGUGCUCCAAAGGGGAGGUGGAGGCGCCGUUCUUCGGUGGUGACGACAUCGGGUUCCUCGACAUCGCGCUCGGGUGCUAUCUUCCCUGGUUUGAGGCAGUAGGCCGCCUGGCCGGCUUGGGGCCGAUCGUCGACCCGGCGAGGACGCCGAAACUAGCGGCGUGGGCGGAGCGGUUCAGGGUCGCCGAGCCGGUCAAGGCGCUGCUACCUGGGGUGGACGAGCUGGAGGAGUACAUCACUAAGGUGCUUUAUCCAAAGUGGAACAUAGCGGUCACCAGUAACUAAUUAAAGAUCUCGUCGUUCCACCAUGGCAAAAGAAACAAAAAAUGGCGGAGGAUCGUGUCGAUCCAAUAAUUCCUCUGCCUUGUGAGUAGCUGUUUUCACGCCAAGAUUUGAACUGUUACUGCUUGGUCGGGGUUCUUUUUGCGAUGGUUAGUGGGUCGUGGUCAUGAAUAAUGCACAAGCGUGCACUCUCUUCGAUCUGAGUUGUGAUGUGCUGUUUCGUGAAUAAAUUGAAGCGUCGUCGAUCUUGCA